AUGUUGUUUGCUAGUUUGAUAAUUGGUGAAAGCAAACUAGAUUCGACAUGGUAUGAUGCUCAUGCAACAUUUUAUGGCGACAUUGGUGGAUCCGAAACAAUGCAAGGAGCUUGUGGGUAUAACGAUCUCCAUCAACAAGGAUAUGGACUAGAGACAACAGCUUUAAGCACUGCACUAUUCAACAAUGGAAAAACUUGUGGAGCUUGUUUUGAGAUCAAGUGCGUAAAUAAUCCUAAAUGGUGCAAACCAAAUGCUAUUAUUAAAGUAACAGCAACAAACUUUUGUCCUCCUAAUUACUCUAAACCCAACGGAAAUUGGUGCAAUCCUCCACUAAAACACUUUGAUUUGUCUUUAAAAAUGUUCCUCGCUCUUGCCGAGUACAAAGCUGGCAUUAUUCCUGUCCAGUAUCGUCGCGUCACGUGCACCAAACAAGGAGGAGUUAAAUUUGAAAUCAAGGGAAACCCAUAUUGGAUUUUAGUAUUAGUUUACAAUGUUGGUGGUGUUGGUGACAUUACUAAUGUCCAAAUUAGGGGCUCUGAAACCAGUUCUUGGAUACCAAUGUCACGCAACUGGGGAGUUAAUUGGCAAACUGGAAAAAAUCUUGUAGGACAAAGUUUGUCGUUCCAAGUUACAACAAGUGAUGGGAAAAUGUUGGAAUUCAAAGAUAUUGCGGCCUCUAAUUGGCAAUUUGGUGCUACUUUUGACGGAAAAAUUAAUUUUUAG